AUGAAAUAUACAACAAGGUGAUUAUUUAGUACAUCACAUAAAGAUAUAGCAAUAUUAUAUUUAAUAUUUGGUAUGAUAAGUGCUAUGGUAGCAACUGCAAUGUCAGUAAUAAUAAGAUUAGAAUUAUCAGGAUCAGGUAGUCAAUAUUUACAUGGAGAUCACCAAACUUACAACGUGUUGGUAACUGGACAUGCAUUAGCUAUGAUAUUUUUAUUUGUAAUGCCGGUACUAAUAGGUAGUUUCGGAAAUUUCUUCCUUCCUAUCUUAAUUGGUGCAGUUGACAUGGCUUUUGCAAGAUUAAAUAAUAUUAGUUUUUGAUGUCUUCCUCCUGCAUUAGUAUGUAUUAUUGGUUCUGUUUUAAUUGAAAAUGGAGCUGGUACUGGUUGAACUGUUUAUCCUCCUCUCUCAUCUAUUAGUGCUCAUUCAGGUCCUUCUGUUGAUCUAGCAAUAUUUGCUAUUCAUUUAACUAGUAUUAGUAGUUUAUUAGGAGCUAUUAACUUUAUAGUUACUACUCUUAAUAUGCGUAGUAUUGGUAUUCAUAUGAUUGAUAUGCCUUUAUACGUGUGAUCGGUUUUUUUUACUGCUUUCCUUUUAUUAUUAUCUUUACCUGUAUUAACUGCUGGUGUAACUUUAUUAUUAAUGGAUAGAAACUUUAAUACUGGAUUCUAUGAUGUAGCAGCAGGUGGUGAUCCAAUAUUAUACGAACACUUAUUCUGAUUCUUUGGUCAAAUGUGGCCCUUAAAUGAAAAUUUAUCGCAACAAACUAUAAGCGAGGAGUUCGUUUUAUAUUUAUUAGGUACUAUAAUCAUAAGUUGUACUUUAAUGUAUACCGAUAUAGUAAAAAUCCUGAAAAUUUACGAUAAUUCGCAAGUAACCAACGCGCUUAGCACGCUAGUAGGAACUUCAGAGGCCAUACGUUUGUUAAACACAAAAUCAAUUCAUAAUUUAAACAGCUCAUAUAAACAUGCAUCUAAUCCCACUAUCUUGCGCAGGGAGGAUAAAUUUAAACAAUGAUUAGCCGGACUAAUAGACGGCGAUGGUUGUUUUUUAUUAUCUAAAAAAGGUUAUGCAAGUUUAGAAAUUACUAUGGAUCUAAGAGAUGAACGAGCUUUACAAGCAGUAAAAAAUGUUUACGGAGGUUCAAUCAAAUUAAGAUCUGGUGUUAGUGCAUUAAGAUAUAGAUUACAUCAUAAAAAAGGUUUAUUAAAUCUUAUUAAUGAUGUUAAUGGGCACAUAAGAAACCCCAUUAGAUUAAUACAAUUAAAUUAUAUUUGUGUUAAAUAUAACCUAACUUUAAAAUAUUCUGAAAAGUUAACUUUAGAUAAUGGUUGAUUAUCAGGAUUUUUUGACGCAGAUGGUUCUAUUACUAUAAAUAGUUCUAAUUGACAACUAUCUAUUGGAGCGGCUCAAAAGACUUCUGAAAUCCUUACACCUUUAGUUGAAUUGUUCGGGGGUUAUCUUUAUAUUGAUAGAGGUGGACAGGGUUCUUUUAAAUGAUAUGUAUCUAAUAAACAAGAUAUACUUAAUCUAAUCGAAUAUUUUAAAAUAUACCCUUCAAGAUCAGCUAAAAAUAAGAGGUUACAUUUAGUACCUAAAUUAUAUGAAUUGAAGGAUAUGAAAGCACAUAUUGCACCUUCAGAUUCAUUAUUAGCUAAAAGCUGAGACACCUUUAUGAAUAAAUGAAAUAAAUAUGAAUAAAUAUGUCCCCGCAGCCUACGGCUGCGGGGUCCCCAUAAAUGAAAUAAAUAUGAAUAAACAAUGUGUUUAAAGAUAUGGUCCAUACAUUUAUAAAAAAUGUAGCAUCCAGAGGUUAAAUAUAUAAGCCUCUUAAUGUUGCUAUAUGCUGGGAACGCUUCGCUAUCUAGUUUUAAAUACUCCCUCUUUAUAGACACAGUAAAAAAGUUAAAACAAUGAAGCCAAUCAGCAGGUAACGCUUUAUUAUCAAUACAAAGUGGAACCUCAGAGACUAUACGCGACAAUACUGAACAUAUCUUAAAUAUAUCUAUCCAUGUACCUACUCAUUUAAGACCAUUAAAUGAUGAACAAUUUGGGCAUUAUUUAGCAGGUUUAAUAGAUGGAGAUGGUCAUUUUAGUUCUCAACAACAAUUAAUUAUCGUGUUUACUCAUCUUGAUGCUUCAUUGGCCUAUUAUAUUAAAAGUAAAAUAGGUUAUGGUAACAUAAGAAAAGUGAAAGAUAAAAAUGUAUUUUUAUAUAUUAUUUCUAAUAAAGAUGGUUUAUUAAAAACCAUUCAUUUAAUUAAUAAUAAAUUAAGAACUAUUAAUAAAUAUAAUCAAGUAAUUAAUAUAUUAAAUAAUCCUAGAUAUUCAGAUAAUAAAAUUAAGUUUGAUCUGAAUAAAACUAAUGAUUUUAAUAAUCAUUGAUUAGCUGGAUUUUCUGAUGCAGAUGCUAGUUUUCAAGUUAAAAUUAUUAAUAGGAUUACUAGAUCUAAGCCUGAAAUAAGAUUAAAUUUUCAAAUAGAUCAAAAAGAUAAUAAUUUAUUAUUAAUAGUAAAAAAUUUAUUAGGAGGAAAUAUAGGAUAUAGAAAAAGUCAAGAUACUUAUUACUAUGGGUCUACUAGUUUUGGUUCAGCAAGAAAAGUAAUUAAAUAUUUUGAUAAUUAUCAUUUACAAUCUAGUAAGUAUUCUAAUUACCUUAAAUGAAGAAAGAUAUAUAUAAUGAUACAAAACAAAGAACAUUUGGCAGAAAUAGGUAUAAAUAAAAUAAGUAGAUUAAAAGAAUCUAUGAAUGAUGGUUCAGUAUAAGAUAGAGUCCUAACAAAGACGUAAGUUUUUGAGAGUUAAUAUUAAUAGAUCAACCUUAAUGGUAAGACUAUUAACUUAACCAAAAUUUUUGUUAUAUAUUAAUUAUACCUGGUUUUGGUAUAAUAUCACAUGUUAUAUCAACAUAUUCUAAGAAAGAAAUAUUUGGUCAUGUAGGUAUGAUAUAUGCUAUUGCAAGUAUCGGAUUAUUAGGAUUCUUAGUAUGAUCACAUCAUAUGUAUGUUGUAGGAUUAGAUAUCGAUAGUCGUGCAUAUUUCACAAGUGCGACUAUGGUUAUUGCAGUGCCAACUGGGAUUAAAAUCUGGGCGUCCGUUCGAGUGUAUAUAAAAUUGUUGAUUAUAUCAACCAACAAAAUUGAACAUGUUGAAAGCUAUAGUACUUACCCUAUAAUCGUGAGAGGAAGGGGACAAAAGCCUGUACUAAAAAGGGAGAUGAGGUCAUAUGUAGUAAAUAUCGAAAGAUAUUUGACCAAGAUACUCCUCAAAGCUAGCGGUUAUGUGUGGAAUAAGUUGAAUUACUGAAGUCAGAGUUGUUUUGGGAAAGAUCCUUCCUUUUCUUGAGUACUACACUUACAAGAAUAUAUUUGUUGCUUUACGGUGAAAAUUUACGUACAAGUUUGUUCAAUUUUAAUAACAAAUACAUUACUUAUCGCAUUAAGGACAGACAACAAAAUGAUAUCCAUGCAUAACAUAUUAAUUUGAAUUAAUCAAAUAAUACGCGUUAUAUAUGCUACCGGAGAAGUCUCAUAUAAAAGAUUAGUUUUAAUGAGAUGGCAGAGGUUUCGUAGUAGUCGAGAUACUAUUUAUAUAAAUAAUAUCAAGAUGAAGGGAACUAAACACUUAACUUUGAUUAAUAGAUCUUAUACUUCAAUUAAUCAAGUUAGGUCAUACUCAACGAGAAACAAACGAAAUAACUCUGUAAUUGUACAAUUACAGGAAGAAAAUUCCAAGGAGUUUGAUCGUUUAGUUAAACAUUGAAAGAUUUGUAAAAUAAAUCCUGAACGUAUAUUUAGAGACUUAAAAGGUCUUUUAAAGUUAGAUGCUGUAUGAUUUGCGGCAUAUUUGAAGAUAAUGAGUAAUCGAGGAUCUAAAACAGUAGGACCCGAUAAAUUAUCAGGUAACUCACUUACCCGGAAACGGAUACUUGAGAUCAAAGAGCUUGUUUUAGCCAACGAGUAUAAUUGAGCUGGAGUUAAGCGGAUUAACAUCCCUAAACCUGGUAAACCUGGUAAAACUCGGCCUAUAGGAAUUCCAAGUAUUAAUGAUAGACUAGUACAGGAAGUCAUUAAAAUGAUUAUUGAACCUGUCUUUGAACUCACUUUUUCCAACAAUUCUUUUGGGUUUAGACCUAAUAGAAGUUGUCAUGAUGCUUUAAAAUAUAUUAAUACUUAUAUGAAAGAUAGUAUUUGAUAUAUUGAAGGUGAUAUUAAGAGUUAUUUUGAUACUAUUGAUCACAAAAUAUUAAUGCAAAUAAUUGAAUCUCGUAUAAAAGAUCCUAUUAUCCUUAAAUUGAUAAGAACUGGACUUAAAGCUAAAGUUUAUGAAAAUAAAUUAGUGUUUAUACCUGAAGUGGGAUCACCACAAGGAGGUAUUCUUAGCCCAUUAUUAUCUAAUAUAUAUUUGGAUAAAUUCGAUAAAUUUAUGGAGGAAUUAUGUAUUAAAUAUCAAGGAACAGUUUUACCAAAUAACCGUCAAAAAUCUCCUGAGUAUCAUGCUCUUAUGAGAAGUGGAAAUAAGAAGGAAGUUUAUACUAGACAAAUUAGUAGAAAUAAUCCUUUUCAAGCUGAGUACAGAACAGUUAAAUAUGUCAGAUACGCGGAUGAUUUCCUAAUAGGUAUUUGUGGUAGUCGGAAACUAGCUGUUGAAAUUAAGAACAUUAUUAAUGAAUUCUUUAUUAAUGAAUUAAAUUUAUCUUUAAGUGAAGAUAAAACUCAUAUUACUCAUAUUAGCAAAGGAAUACCAUUUUUAGGUCAUAUUAUAGGUCGUAAUACUUAUGUUAUUAAACAACGGUUUAGUAAUAGUAUAGUGAAUCGAAGAAUGACUAUUCCUACGUUAUAUGUAAAUAUGAAAAAGGUUAUUGCACAUUUAGCAGAAAAACGUUUCUGUGAUGGUAGUGGUAACCCUAUACCUAAUUUUAGAUUCCUUAGAUUACCUCAAUCUGAGAGUAAUAAGAAAAUUAAUAUGAUAUUACGUGGAUUAUGUAAUUGAUGAUCCAUAUCAAGUAAUCGUAAGCAAGCAACAGCUCGUGUUGCGUAUAUUCUUAGAUAUUCUAUAGCUAAAGUAUAUGCAGCUAAAUUUAAACUUCCUACAGUAGCCUCAGUGUUUAAGCGAGGAGGUAACGAUAUUAGUCGUCCUCUUGGUGCAAAACUAAAGUCAGCUGUAGGAGUUGUUGACAAAGCAAAUGUUAAGAUACCUGGGAUCUUGUAUGAUAGAUAUAAUAGAAUCCCAAAACGGGCAGGUAGCAAAUUAUUAAAAGAUUGAAAACCUGAAUAUCUUAAAGUACUAGAAAGUAAUACUGCGGAAGAAUUGUUUAAUAUUCUAAACAAUAAUAAAGUUAGUAAUCCUUUAGGUUCUCUAAACUGACGAUUACAGAAAUCACUUUGACACCAAGGUGCUCCUUGUGAUGUAUGUGGAUCAUUUGAUAAUGUACAAAUGCAUCAUAUUAAAGCUAUUAAGGAUAUGAAACCCCUUAAUAGUAAACUUUCCCAAUAUAUUCGAGCGAUUGAAUCUCCUCAAAUAGCUUUAUGUCAUAAACAUCAUCUUGAAAUACAUAAGGGUUCAUGAAAUAAAUCGCCAAUGAAACCACGUUAGAGUUGGAGAGCCCGGUGAUGGGUAACUAUCUCGCCGGGUUCGGAGAGAGCUUUGGAUUUUAUAGAUGAGAGUAUAUCUAUUUAGAAUACUAUUUAUAAAAUUUCAAUUCUACUCUAUUUAGCUGAUUAGCUACCUUAUAUGGGGGUGAACUACGUUUAGCUGUACCUAUGUUAUUUGCUUUAGGUUUCCUAUUCUUAUUUACUGUCGGAGGUCUUACUGGUGUUAUGCUUUCUAAUGCUUCUAUUGAUGUAGCUUUCCAUGAUACUUAUUAUACUGUUGGUCAUUUCCAUUAUGUAUUAUCUAUGGGUGCUUUAUUUAGUUUAAUUGCUGGUUAUUAUUAUUGAUCAUAUGCUAUGUUUGGUCUUAAUUAUAAUAAAGUUCUAGGUGAAGCUCAUUUCUGAGUUUUAUUUAUAUCUGUUAAUGUUAUCUUCCUUCCAAUGCAUUUCUUAGGUCUUAAUGGUAUGCCACGUCGUAUACCUCAAUAUCCUGAUGCAUUCUUAGGUUGAAAUAUUAUUAGUUCUUGAGGAUCUAUUAUGUCUGUAUUCUCAGUUAUAAUUGGUUUAUAUAGUAUCUUUGUUCAAUUAACUCAAGGUACUCAUAUUGUUAGAGAAUUACCUGUAACACCUGAUUAUUUAGAAUCUAAUAAUACAAGAGAUAAUCGUGAAUCAGAUUUAGAAUUAAUAUUAUCUAAACCUGCACAUUAUCAUACAUUUACAGAAUUACCUAUAUUAAUAGAACGUGUUUAA